AUGAGCCCCCAGCCCACCCCCUUCGAAGAAGGCGCCUUCCUCCCAGGCGGCCACAACACCGACCCUCCACUCCCUCCAAAUGACCCAACAAUCGGGACAAAACUAAACCACUCGAUGCUCCGCAUCCGAGACCCGCAACGCUCGCUCCACUUCUACAUCGACCUCAUGGGCAUGCGCACCGUCUUCACCAUGAACACCGGCCCCUUCACAAUGUACUACCUCGGCUUCCCCUCCAGCGCCGAAGAUCGUGCCGACCUGUCCGCCUGGGCGGCUAAGGUUUCCGACCCGGCGAACCUCACCCAAACGAUGGGGUUGCUGGAGCUGUUCCAUAUCCAUGGGACGGAGAAGGCCGUGGAGGAGGGCGGUGUGGAGAUGGCGAACGGGAACACGCCGCCCAAUCUGGGGUUCGGCCAUCUGGGGUUCACGGUGCCCGAUGUGAGGGCUACCGUCGAGAGGUUGAGGGCCCAGGGCGUCACGGUUGUUAAGGAGCUGGGGGUUACGACGAGAGAGAGCAUCCCGUUGAGUAAGUGGGAGGAAGGGAGGGGUGUCGGGGUCGGAGAGAUUCAUCCGAACUAUAACGUGUUUUUCGAUCAGAUUGCUUAUGUUUCUGAUCCGGAUGGAUAUAUUAUUGAGAUUCUUCCGCAGAAUUGGCAGUGA